GAGCGCAUGCGCAUAAGCAUGGUGGUUGAUUAGGGCCCCACCCGAGGAGCGUUCCCUAGUGGGGCACCUGCGCGGACCAGAAAAUUGCAGGCUUUCUUGUACCAGGCAUUACUGAGCGCCCAGUGUAUGCCUGGCAUUGGGCUGGGUGCUGCCAUCUAAGUGAGCACGACCAAUGCAGUCUAUCAGGGAGGCCCUGACCGCCAAACUCUGGGCCCUUGCGGUCCAUCAUGCCACCCUCGACACCUGGCACGCUGCCCAGCACACCGUUGGCGCCCAAUAACUGUUGUGCUCGAAUGACGGCCGCGGAGGUCCGGCGCUGGCGCUACAGGGAGAGGGUGGCGGGCGCCGCCUCUAGGGGACGCGACGCAGGAGCUGCGAGGCUGGGCCCACCUCCCCGCGGGCGAUGCGGAUGGCGGCGCAAGGUGCAGGGCCAGGGCCCGGGUCGGCGGCGUCCCCGGGGCUGGAGGUGUCCCGGCAGAAGCUGGCGCUGCGGCGGAAAAAGGUGCUGAGCGCCGAGGAGAUGGAGCUUUACGAACUGGCGCAGGCAGCGGGCGGCGCUAUCGACCCCGAUGUGUUCAAGAUCCUGGUAGACCUACUGAAGCUGAACGUGGCCCCCCUCGCCGUCUUCCAGAUGCUCAAGUCCAUGUGUGCCGGGCAGAGGCUGGCGAGCGAGCCCCAGGACCCUGCGGCCCUGUCUCUGCCCACGUCGAGCGUGCCCGAGACCCGAGGGAGAAACAAAGGCAGCAGUGCCCUCAGGGGAGCACUGGCCCUGGCAGAACACAACAGCCGCGAAGGAUCCAGCCAGAGGAUGCCGCGCCAGCCCAGCGAUACCAGGCUGCCCAAGGGGGGUGGGCCUGGGAAGAGCCCUAUGCGUGACAACACCUAGGAUGGGGCAGAUACUUACCACACCACUGUCCCUAGCAAAGGCUACAUGUUAUCUCCUUCAGUUGAUAAUAAACCUUUCUGAGAUUCA